AUGAUUUCGGUCUGCUGGGCGGGAGGAAACCUCUCAAACCUCAUCAAGUUCUUGAAGUUUCUCGAGCUAGCUUCGGCGAACAUGCUGGCGGUCACCAACCUCGCCAUCUGCGUCAACCUCGCCCUCGUCGUCAUGUCUCAUCGGACGCUGUCUCGUGUCAGCAGCCUCAGCUCGCCCCGGGUGAUAUGGCUGUCCCUCGUUCUCGCCGUCGGAGGUGCUGCGGCCGCCGUGCCUUCGUGGAAAACCAUCAUCCUCACGGGUACUUACUUUUCUCCAUACAGCGAGGACAAGCAAGACCUUGACUGGAGCGUCGUCUCCCGCUUCUUGUUCGAGUUCAUCGUCGGCAUCUGCAUGAUCGCCAUCGUGGCCUGGCUGCUGCUGUUCCGGAUGAAGGAGAUCAAGGAGUGCUGGAAGGUGCACACCCGCAUCCGCUACUACUUCGGCCUGACUCUCAUCGCCACCGGAGUUAAUCUUGUCCUCGGAAUUUUCGGCACCGUGUACAUCGUCGGAGAAGGCCAGAGGCGGCCUUCGGAGUCUUAGGAGGUUGAGCAAGCAAAGCUCGAAGCCUCGUGUUCCUGCUACUCGACAGGUGUACGAGGCCUUCUCCCAACGACUGCGGAAAAUGACGGCCACAUCGGACUGUUGUCAUCAUUUUCCAAGGCCUGCUGCCCUGUACCUCGCUGCACGUGCAGGUGCCGUCCAUGUUGUGUGACCACCAGAUGGAUUGUAGGCGGUGGCCUAGUGCUCGGGGAACCCCGAUUACCGACUCUGGCGUUUGGACACAAUUGUCGGGAACAGCGUUCUCCGCUACCCUGCGUGCCUGACUGCCAAUGACGUUUUUGAUUUCGUUCGUACGACAUCCUCCUUACGCCAGGGCACGGGGGGAUCUGAGUCCUUCGGCGGAACGUCUGGUGAAUACCUCUUUUCAGUUUCUUGUGUGGCGUUAGGAUAGCGUAUUUGCGCGUGCUCUUUUUCUUGCAUGAGACUCAGAGUGGUCUGUCUGUUUUGAUGCCGACUUUGGAGUUGGAACGAUGUGCUCGUCUUGUUUUAUUCUCCUUACUACCCGACCGCGACCUUGUGGCUGGGUUGGUUGUUGUGUUGUUUCGUCAUCGUCGUCGUCGUCGUUGUUGUUAUUGUUUUUGUUGGCGCUGUUUGGACCAGUUACUACGUAUUUUCGCAAGAGUUUUGUUUUAGUCUUUCUCCAAGACGUUAUGUUGCAGCCAAAAGGGACAGAUAGAGAUGUUGGUUGAAUCGCACGGUCAAGGGAAGGGUUGGAACUAGGCCACCGAAGCAUUGCCCCCGCGGAACUAUUGCCGGGGGUAGUACUAAAGCUACGUCCGGUGCUCAAGAACUUCGUUGCGUUGCGAUGUAUCCCAGGGGAGCA